AAAUCAAGUGCCAGUGUUAAAAGACAAUUGAACUUCAAUUUUGUUCAGUUGCCAAAGAAAGUUCGAUUAAUUCAGAGAACUCUGAGACCGUACUUCAGUUAAAAUGAAAAACUUUAUUUACUUUAUCGCGGUCUGUUUUUUAAAUUCAGCCCAGAUCACAACAAUAUUCGGUGACACCGUGGGUAAUACUGUAUGUUUGCCCGGUUGGAGUUCAUUCUACCAAUGUGAGGAUGGAAUUCCGAUACCUUUUCACUGUGCAUCUAAUGUAAACUUAAUGGAAUGUGUCAAUGCUCACAAGAACGCUUGUCAAAUAACAGUAGAUCCAACAGAUGAGCCUACAACGGAACCAACGCGGAUUCCUACAAAUGAGCCUACAAUUGAGCCCACAAAUGAACCCACAGAUGAACCUACAGAGGGGCCCACAAAUAUACCAACAAAUGAGCCUACAAAUGAACCCACAAAUGAACCAACAAAUGAACCCACAAUGGAACCAACACCAUGUCCAAGACCUCCAGUUGUCUGCUUACCUGGCGACAACCUUCUACCAAAUCCUGAAGAUUGCAGUUCAUUCUUCCAAUGUGCGAAUGGAGUUCCGAUACUAUUCCACUGUGCCGGAAAUCAUCCCGGACAACCUCCACUGGUUUUCAAUCCAGACUUAGGGCAAUGUGUCGACGCUAACGAAUAUCCUUGCCGAAUAACAGUAGAUCCAACAGAUGAACCUACAGAAAAACCUACAAUUGAGCCUACACAGGAGCCCACAACUCAGCCUACAAAUGAAUCUUCAAUUGAGCCCACAAACGAACCCACAGGUGAGCCUACAAAGGAACCAACAAAUGAGCCUACAGAGGAGCCUACAACUGAGCCUACAACUGAACCUACAGAGGAGCCUACAAUGGAACCAACAAAUGAGCCUACCAACGAACCCACAAAAGAACCAACAAAUGAGCCUACAAUGGAACCAACACCAUCUCCAAGACCUCCAGUUGUCUGCUCUCCUGGCGACGACCUUCUACCAAAUCCGGAAGAUUGCAGUUCAUUCUACCAAUGUGCGAAUGGAGUUCCGAUACUCUUUCACUGUGCCGCAAAUCAUCCUGGAGAGCCACCUCUUGUUUUCAAUCCUAUCCUAAGACAAUGUGUCUAUGCUAACGAAUAUCCUUGCCAAAUAAUAGUAGAUCCAACAGGUGUACCUACAGAUGAACCUACAGAGGGUCCCACGACUCAGCCUACAAGUGAACCCUCAAUUGAGCCCACAAACGAACCAACAAAUGAGCCCACAGAGGAGCCCACAAAUGAGCCUACAAAAGAACCCACAAAUGAACCUACAAAGGAACCAACAAAUGAACCAACAUCACCUCCAAGACCUCCAGUUGUCUGCUACCCUGGCGACGACCUUCUACCAAAUCCUGAAGAUUGCAAUUCAUUCUACCAAUGUGCAAAUGGAGUUCCGAUACUUAUGCACUGUGCCCCAAAUCAUCCUGGACAACCUUCACUGGUUUUCAAUCCAGACUUAAGGCAAUGUGUCUAUGCUAACGAAUAUCCUUGCCAAAUAACAGUGGAUCCAACAGUCGAACCAACAGAGAAUCCCACAACUAGGCCAACGGAGGAGCCCACAAAUGAGCCUACAAAAGAACCGACAAAUGAACCCACAAAUGAACCUACAACGGAACCAACUAAUGAACCAACAUCACCUCCAAGACCUCCAGUCGUCUGCUCCCCUGGCGACGACCUUCUACCAAAUCCUGAAGAUUGCAAUUCAUUCUAUCAAUGUGCAAAUGGAGUUCCGAUACUAAUGCAUUGUGCCGCAAAUCAUCCUGGACAACCUCCAUUGGUUUUCAACCCAGACUUAAGGCAAUGUGUUUAUGCUAACGAAUAUCCUUGCCAAAUAACAGUCGAUCCAACAGUCGAACCUACAGACAAACCUACAGAAGAACCCACACGUGAGCCUACAAAGGAACCAACAAGUGAACCCACAAAUGAACCAACAAUGGAACCAACACCAUCUCCAAGACCGCCUCCAGUUGUCUGCUCCCCUGGCGACGACCUUCUACCAAAUCCUGAAGAUUGCAAUUCAUUCUACCAAUGUGCAAAUGGCGUUCCAAUACUAAUGCACUGUGCCCCAAAUCAUCCUGGACAACCUGCACUGGUUUUCAACCCAGACUUAAGGCAAUGUGUCUAUGCUAACGAAUAUCCUUGCCAAAUAACAGUCGAUCCAACAGUCGAACCUACAGACAAACCUACAGAAGAACCCACACGUGAGCCUACAAAGGAACCAACAAGUGAACCCACAAAUGAACCAACAAUGGAACCAACACCAUCUCCAAGACCGCCUCCAGUUGUCUGCUCCCCUGGCGACGACCUUCUACCAAAUCCUGAAGAUUGCAAUUCAUUCUACCAAUGUGCAAAUGGCGUUCCAAUACUAAUGCACUGUGCCCCAAAUCAUCCUGGACAACCUGCACUGGUUUUCAACCCAGACUUAAGGCAAUGUGUCUAUGCUAACGAAUAUCCUUGCCAAAUAACAGUCGAUCCAACAGUCGAACCUACAGACAAACCUACAGAAGAACCCACACGUGAGCCUACAAAGGAACCAACAAGUGAACCCACAAAUGAACCAACAAUGGAACCAACACCAUCUCCAAGACCGCCUCCAGUUGUUUGUUCCCCUGGCGACGACCUUCUACCAAAUCCUGAAGAUUGCAGUUCAUUCUACCAAUGUGCAAAUGGAGUUCCGAUACUAAUGCACUGUGCCGCAAAUCAUCCUGGAGAACCACCACUGAACUUCGAUCCAAAUUCGAAUGUAUGCGUUUUUCCUCACCAAUAUCCAUGUCAGUGUCACAAGCAAAAACGCCCAGAUGACUGUAUCCAGACAAAUAUUAACUCAACAACAAAGUGUGCGUUCUGUUUCGAAUGCGAAUUCAACAGGGGUGAACUUCCUGCCUGUAACUCGUAUCAAAAUUUGCUUGCGGAUGGUUGUCGAGACUUUUCUGCUAUUGACGUUAUUGAUGCGACAUCCGCCGCAAGCAAUUGCGUAGUGAUUGAUCCAAAAACACCCAGAAAUAUUUCGGUAACAUUCAAUAUUGACAAGCAUCCCUUGGACUUGUACUAUCUGAUGGACGUGUCAGGGUCCAUGCAUGACGACAGGGAUAAUCUUGUUAUACUAAGCUCAGGUUUAAUCGAUACUUUGAGAUCUUUAACACCUGACUUUCGCAUUGGAUAUGGCUCAUUCAUCGAUAAGCCACGUUCCCCAUUCGGAAAUGCAGCCGCGAAUGAUUACAGCUAUCGAAACAACUUGCCGUUAACGAAUCAAACUGAUGAUUUUAUGCGAAAAGUAAGUGAAACUACAGUUCCACUGCCCGAUCGUUAUGAUGUUCCUGAGUCACAUGCAGACGCGCUAACUCAAGUAGUUGAAUGCGAAGAGCAUAUUGGUUGGAGACAAAAUACAAGACGAGUGGUUUUGUUAGCUACUGAUGCAACCUUUCAUGUCGCAGGUGAUGGUGCUUUAGGCAACAUUUACGAGCCGUACAUAGAUGGAUGUUACUUGGACUCAAAUGGUUACUACACACAGCAAUUAUCAAUGGAUUAUCCUUCAGUCCAACAAAUCGCCUCAGCCUACUCGAAAGAACAACGCACAACCACUGUUAUUUUCGCGACAAAUGCCGAUACGAUUCCCUUUUACGAACAAGUAGCAUCGCAAUUUAAGUCUGCCUACAUUGCCAUUCUGAAAAGCGACUCGUCAAACGUUCUGGACAUUGUGAAAAGCGAAUUUGCAAAAAUUCAGUCCCGAAUGGAAAUUGAAAAGAGUAAAACUGACGAGUACCUUAAAUUCCGAUACUUUUCCAAUUGCGUGCAGGAUGGUGGCGAAGUGGAGACGAUAUUUUGCGAGAAUCUGCCUCCAUCGGGUAAAGUGACUUUCACAGUGCAAAUUGACUUGGAGCAGUGUCCUAAAGAUCCGAAUGAGAAGGGAACGAACUUUAUUAUAAAUCCAGUCGGAUUGCCUGCAUUCGUUGCUGUUGAAUUGGUUUUUAUGUGCUAAAGUAAGGCACUUCGCAUUGAAUAAUACAAAACCCAAGAUAAUUAAAUUGAUGCUAAAAUUUUGAAA